CUCCCCAACAGCCCCCACGCAUUUCUUCUCGGUUACCGCGGCGCUCAGCAUGUCCGGCAGAGGCAAGGGCGGGAAGGGGCUCGGCAAGGGGGGCGCCAAGCGCCACCGCAAGGUGCUGCGCGACAACAUCCAGGGCAUCACCAAGCCGGCCAUCCGCCGCCUGGCGCGGCGCGGCGGCGUCAAGCGCAUCUCGGGGCUCAUCUACGAGGAGACGCGCGGCGUGCUCAAGGUCUUCCUGGAGAACGUCAUCCGCGACGCCGUCACCUACACCGAGCACGCCAAGAGGAAGACGGUCACGGCCAUGGACGUGGUCUACGCGCUCAAGCGCCAGGGACGCACCCUCUACGGCUUCGGCGGCUAAAGUGAUCUGACGUUAGACUGCGCUUUUAAAACACCCCAAAGGCUCUUUUCAGAGCCACCCACUUACGCUGGAAAAGAGCUGUGAUGCUGUGUUUUUGUUGGAAGGCCGCCUACCGAAGUUGCUGUUAUUUAGUAAUUUCUUUGAAUCUUGUUACUGUUUCACAAGUGUUUAUGGUAAUUACCAUGUAAUGCUUUGCAUUCUACUACUAGUAGUGAAGUUAGGUUGCCCAGAGGGGGUUAGUUUACUCCUUAUCUUCCUCAGUAAAUACUGAGCACCCUGCUAAUAAAGUAUAUUAGAAGACAUUAAUUUCCUUUCUGUUUUUAGGUCUCACAGAGUUUAGUGCAAUCUGAAAUAGUAAUGACACCGUACUUGAUCUAAGAAUUCUUCCUUUAACGCACUGCAAAUCGCUGUUUGGGGAGGAUCAGCAUAUGGGAGUCUAAAAAAGAUGCAUUAUAAUGGGGACGGAAAAAAAAAAAUAAGAAGCUGAUGCAACUUAAGUUUUAUUUCUGAUGGCAAUCCUCAGUGAAUUGUUUCUUCAUUGUAACCUGGAAUAAGUGAGUUGCUUUUUGUUUAGUUUUUUAACUAUUUAAAGAUUAGAUGCUUAAUAGAACUUUAUUUACAGAAAGAAAACACAAAUGAAAACCAUGUUCCUAGCAAGGUGUUGUAACAAUGACUCCAGUCAAAAAAAAAAAAGGACUUACCAAAAGGAUUUUGUCACAGAAUUCUUCCUCACUAUGCUGGAGUGUUUUUUAAUUUCUGUAGCUUUACACCUUUCAUUAUGAAGAUCAAAGGGAAAUAAGAGGCAAAAUGUUGUGCUUUUUUUGUUUUAUAUUUUAAAAAUACUUAUAACCGUUUUCUGCUCAUAAAUAACUGUUAAUAAAUGCUCACAGCCACUUCUGGCUUUUCCCCAGCUUCAAUACUCACCAGCACAGACAAAGCAGCACCAGCUGCAUAGCUCUGACACACUCCUCAUGGCUCCAGGAUGUCGCUUCUCUGAACAUUCUCAAAAUCAUUAUUUUGCUUGAUGGCUGUGAGCGCUCAUUUUGACUUAUGUUGUAAAAAUUAGUGUGAAAAAAAUAGCAGUAAAGGUUCAUGUUUCAUCUUUCUACUGUUUAUAUCAAACUCAGCUACAAACUUCAGUUACACAGUUUGUCUCUGAUAGUUGAGAGGAACUGGGAAAACUUUUCUUUGAGGCAAUGUGGAUAAUGUGCCUGUUUCUGUGAGCAGACAAGGAGAACUGUAUAGUCUUUUUCUUCUAAUUAUUCUGUAAUAAACG